GACCCACCGGAAGAUACACCGGAUGUUGAGACAGAGGACGAUCGUAAUUCUUACCAUUUGCCAAUCUGUGAUGAGCUAACACUAAGUCAUGGUAAUAAACCACUGACAGCUUUAACGGUUGACCCUGCUGGCGCUAGAAUCGCUACCGGGGGAUUGGAUUUUGACGUUAGGUUGUGGGAUUUCGGGGGUAUGGACACAACCUGUCGUUCGUUCAAAACUAUACGGCCGUGCGAGGAGCAUCAGAUAAAACAUUUGGAGUUCAGCCCAACUGGUGAGUACCUGUUAGCCAUUUCCGGUUCCGCUCAGGCUCAAAUUGUUACCAGGGAUGGCGAUCCGGUGUGUUUUACCAACAAGGGUUUUCAGUAUAUCACGGAUCCGGCCAGCGCCAAAGGCCAUACCCAUGGACUGCACUGGGGUUGUUGGCACCCGUUGGAUUCAUCCAAAUUUCUGACUUGUUCGCAAGACUGCACACUUCGUAUAUGGGAUAUCAACGACGCCGAAACACUGUUGAACGAGACCAAGAUUCCGACGCACAAAUCUGUACUCCGACCGAGAAAUGCUCAAGGACGUAAGGUUACUCCUACCACCUGUUCCUAUUCCAAAGACGGUCAACACAUUGUAACCGGCUGUCAGGACGGUUCCAUUCAAAUGUGGGACACCCGUAAACCUCUGGUCAAUACGAGCCAGCUAAAUCGGAAUGCCCAUGCACCAAACAGCACCAUUACGUGCAUCGCUUGGUCUUGGGAUGCACGCCAGCUGGUCAGUCGUUGCACGGAUGACACGGUCAAACUAUGGGAUGCACGGGCCCUGACAAAGGGUCCUGUUUCCACCAUCAAAGAUUUACCGGUCCUUUUCGAACAGACGGAGAUUACUUUUAGCGCGAAUGACCAUGUGAUUUUGACCGGAGUCUCGGCACCUCGUGGAGAUGCAAAAGCCGGAUCGAUUAAUUUCUAUCGGAGAGAUAAUUUCAAGUUAAUCGAUAAAGUUCAUCCGGGACAUGGUAGUGUGAUUCGUGUACUAUGGCAUCAUCGAAUCAAUCAAGUGUUCUUCGCUUCCUCCGACGGCACGGCCAAUGUGCGCUACGAUCCUCGUUACAGUCACAAUGGAGCGCUGAUGUGCGUCGGACGACAGCCAUCGUCCAGCCGACGACAUAUGAGUGCCGGUGAGGCUUAUGUGAAACCGUAUCUACUUAUGUACAACGAAGAGUCUGUACGGGCAGCACGAAAAAACAAAAAGCUGCUGAACGCUCCGCAAAUCGAGGCCCAAAUAGCGAUGGCUGCCGCAAACGCGGUCACCCAGUCCGAGCGUCAGAAAUUGGGCAAUCGCGUGGGCAGUUUGCAUCAAUAUAUGGUCCAGCAGAUUGUGCUGCAACGGAACGAAGCUGAGGAGCGAGCGGAGAAGGAUAUCCGUGGAGCGAUUUUGCGACAUGCGGAGAAAGCUAAAGCAGAACCAUUUUGGACCAAAGCAUAUUUGAAGUAA